GCGAGUUUCUCUUCUGCAUAUAGCUCGAGCUCGCUGGCUCUUUGCUUAUAGUGUCCUCCAAAUCCUCGCGAAUACAGGUCAGAGAGCAGUGGAGUUCAAUCAAUCGCGUGUUUUUCAGACAGAUCUGUGAUAUUCAGGCUUUGGUUUCUUAGCUUACCUUGGUGUUUGCUUUUGGAAGGUUCUGGGAUUACUUGUUUUCAUUGGGUCAGAGGUGAAUAAAUUGGAAUUUUUGAUGCCACACUUCUCCUGAUAUAGCAGUGUGUGCAACUGAGCAAUAGUUAAACUGGUUAGAGAAUGGAGCUAAGGAGAUGCAGUAAUUUGUGCUUUAUAAAAACUAUAAGGGAUGGGUUGGUGGUAAAAGUGUGCAAUGUGAACUCCCAUGGCAAACCUGCUCUUGCUUUCAAAGCACUGAAGGACAUAUAUGAAACCAAAGAUACUAAAGGAUCUAAAGCCUUUACUUCUCUCAAUUCCCCAGAAAAGUAUGCCGAUUCAGUGUGUGGCAUUACCAGUGUCAAGGGUGAAAGCCAAUCACUGCCAGUUGCAGAUAGAACAUUAAGGGAGAUUGACACUGAAAUUAAUGAAAUUGUUUGCUGUGGCAGUGAUGAUAAAGAUGAUGACAGUGACUCAAAUGACUAUAUUUUUGCAAAGAUGACACUGAAACAACUCAAGGAGAGAUGCAAAUCCAAGAAAAGGAAACUUCCAAGUCUUUGUGAUGCAAGUCCAGAACAGGAAGAUGUUAAUUCUCAGCAAGAGGAAGAUGAAGAUCUCAAGGUCCCUCUCAGAGUUUUUAAAUCAAAAUUCUCAAAGAACUCAAAAGCUAAGAGAAAGUGCACCAACAGCAGCAUGUUUCCUUGUUCUAAGACCUCUAUCUCAGUCAAAACAGAACAAAUUAUGGAUUCUGAUGUUACUGUGCGAUUCGAAGGGGAUUCAGCUUCACUUACAACUGUCAAAGCUGAAGUUACUGAGCACGAGUUCUCUAACUUCCCAAGCACAAGUUCUCUCGCAAGUUUCCCCUCAGAAGUACCUGUGUUAUCAGAUGUGGAUUUGCUGUCGUUGGCUGAACUCGAAGCUCAGGUUCAGAAGCCUGAGUUUUCUGCCAAUCAAAGCACAAAUUCUUUUACUGAUUGCUCUUCCAUUAACUGUCAUGAAGAAUUCAGCUGCAGUGGAUUGAUAUCUACUGAAGUUCCUGAAACCAUUGAAGUUCAGGGAAAUGGGCCUAUGUUGUUUGCUGAAGAACAGCAAUGUUGUACUCUCAAUGAUAACAUGGAAUGUGUUGAGCCACAUCCUCAUGGAGGCCAUCUGGAAAUAGUAUUACCUUCUAGGGACAAAAAUUUGGACUUGCAUUUGAAUCAGCAUGUGAUUUCAGGGCAAAACAGCUGCAAUUUUGAAUCCUGCAUUUCUGAUGCAACAAUAACUGGUAAAGUUGAUUCUGCUGAUAUUCAUCACGCAGGUGAUAUUUACAUGCCUGAAGAUGAAACCAAGGAAGAAUUUUGUUCAACUGAGCAAAAUGUUUCUACAACUAGACCUCUUGAGAAUAUUUUCUCAUCUGGGGGUUCCGAUAUUAACUCAAGCACUUAUGAUGAUUUAAUAUCUGUAAAAGCCAGCCCCUCUUCCUUAAAUCAACUUUCAAACUAUUCCUCUGCUGAUACAACAAAUAGUUGUUUGAAUCAUGAUGCACUACAAUCUGAGUCAUCAAAGGUGGAUGGAAAGAAGUCUCCAUGCACGGUUGAAGAAAAAAGUUCUACUAUGAAAAGUCAAUAUUCAAAUGUUGCAAGUCUGGUAUCAACAUCAGAGCUGCAACAAACUCCUGAGAGGUUUCCUUCUAUGCGAAAGGCUAUUUCCCCAUCUUCCCAAGCAGGACUUUGUCAGGCAAUGACCUCUGCAGAUUCGUUUGAUGAGGCAGAAAAUUACAAAUGCAAAGAAAAACUCCUGGUUGGGACAGGUGUUGUCAGCUGUGGCAAAGAUGAAAAUUCUGAAUUAUCUCCUCCAGUUCGCCAACCAAAAGUUAUCAUAAAGCGCAAGGACAUUGCUAAACGAUUGAAGAUUAUUAGCCAAAAAGGUUCCCCAAAUAAAAGCAAUUCAGACAAUCCCCAAUUUUCUCGAUCUCUACCUCAAUUUAGCACAGGGUGCACCUCUAUUGACAGCUGUUCUGAAAGUGCUAUAGCAUUUUCACAACGGCAGAUGCAUGACUUUGAGUCUCUUACAAUGAAGCUCAUGGAUGAGUUGAAGUCUAUGAAAGAGAUGGUGGAAGAAAAGUUGCUCUUUGAAGCAUAUCGUAAUGCUUACUUGAAAAACGAAGCGGAUGAGGUGAGGAACGCAUUAAAUAACACAAAGAAAGUUGAAGAAACAGCAAAGAAGUGGCUGUCCUUGAUGACAAGGGACUGCACCCGCUUUUGUAAAAUCAUGGAAAUGCGGAAACUGAAUCAAAAUUGUGGCCCUUCUUCUAGUGGCACUGCCCAAAAGGAAAGAAAAAUAACUUUUGCGGAUGAAGCUGGUGGCAUGCUCUGCAGCGUGAACUACUUUGAUGAUGCUGUAACCUCUCCAAUGCCGCCUUGUGGUGAAAAACAAGAAUGCUAAAGUACACUUGCGAAGGUAUCAAAACUUCGGACAUUCUUGAUACUUGUUCAUCUGUCUAAUUCAUUGCUUGAGCAAAGCAAAGGAAUCGGAGAUGCUGAAGCUUGCAGGCAUUUCACUUUCGUUAUCAUUAGGACAAUUCUUGUCUUACGCCCAUUCCAUUCUUGUAGUGUAACUGAUCAAAUAACUUUCUCAGUUCAUGUUUAGGUGCCAAAGGUUUAUGGUUUAUGAGCACUGCUGCCUGAGUUUGUUGUUUGAAUGUGUUGUACCGUAAACAUACCUCUUGAGUGUACAUGGAAUACAUUUUAUACAUUCGCUUACUGCAGUUUUAAU